CGUUUACGUCACUUUGUAGCUAUUUUCAUCAAACUAAGAGCAUGUUUCGGCCUAUAGUUUCAUAUAAUACCAUUUCUAUCGAUCAACUUUAGUUGAUAAUACGUAUUGUUAAGUGCAGUAUCUUAACUAGCUAGAUUUGAAAUGGUAAAUCGAAAUAAUAUAUUUUAAAGGCAAACGCUUAUUUUCUUAUUCAACUAACGCGUUAGCUAGUUACUGACAGUUUAGACCGCUAACGUUAACUUCACACAGUACGUUAGUACACAUGGCUUCUGUCCUGAAAGUUCAAACCUUACAGGGUUUAAGAAUGUUUCAACAGAAAUUGAUAUGGACCAAAGGAUUUGUGCGGUUUGCCUCAAUUGGGCAAGGCAGGAUAGACAAAGUCCUCAUUGCCAACAGAGGAGAAAUCGCCUGUCGUGUGAUGCGAACAGCAAAGAAGAUGGGUGUGCGCUCUGUGGCAGUAUACAGUGAUGCAGAUCGUCAUUCCAUGCAUGUGGCCAUGGCGGAUGAGGCCUAUAACAUUGGGCCAGCCGCAUCCCAGCAGAGUUACUUGUCCAUGGAGAAAGUCUUGGAGGUUGCCAAGAGAUCUGGAUCACAUGCUGUCCACCCAGGAUAUGGCUUCCUGUCAGAGAACACAGAGUUUGCUGAGGCAUGCAAACAGGAGGGUAUCAUCUUUAUUGGCCCUCCAUCAUCUGCUAUCAGAGACAUGGGUAUCAAAAGUACAUCAAAAUACAUAAUGUCAGCUGCGGGUGUUCCUAUCAUCGAGGGUUACCACGGAGAGGACCAAUCGGAUGAGAAGCUCCAAGCUGAGGCUGUCAGGAUAGGCUACCCAGUGAUGAUAAAGGCUGUGCGUGGCGGGGGUGGUAAAGGAAUGCGCAUUGCACACACCGCUGAAGACUUCCAUGAGCAGCUUGUGUCUGCAAGACGAGAGGCUCGCAAGUCCUUCAAUGAUGAUGUCAUGCUAGUGGAGAAAUUUGUAGAGGACCCCAGACAUGUGGAGGUCCAGGUUUUUGGGGACCAGCAUGGAAAUGCUGUCUACCUGUUUGAGAGGGACUGCAGUGUGCAGAGAAGGCACCAGAAGAUCAUUGAGGAAGCACCAGGGCCUGGAAUUAGCGAGGAGGUGAGGCGGAAACUGGGUGAGGCAGCCGUGAGAGCAGCCAAAGCCGUCAACUAUGUGGGAGCAGGCACUGUGGAGUUCAUCAUGGAUGCACAGCACAACUUCUUCUUCAUGGAGAUGAACACGCGUCUGCAGGUGGAGCACCCUGUGUCUGAGAUGAUCACUGGUACUGACCUGGUGGAGUGGCAGCUCAGGGUGGCUGCAGGCGAGAGGUUGCCCCUCCUGCAGGAGGAGAUAGAACUGAUGGGCCAUUCGUUUGAGGCCAGGAUAUACGCUGAAGACCCUAACAACGACUUCCUCCCUGGGGCAGGAUCCCUCCUUCAUCUGUCUACACCCCUGGCAGACGAGUGCACACGCAUCGAGACAGGCGUCAGGGAAGGAGAUGAAGUGUCAGCCCACUACGACCCCAUGAUCGCUAAACUGGUGGUGUGGGGAGAGGACCGCUCUGCUGCUUUGAGGAAGCUCAGAUACUGCUUACGCCAGUACAACAUUGUAGGCCUCAACACCAAUAUUGACUUCCUGCUAAGUCUGUCUGGCCACCCAGAGUUUGAGGCGGGGAAUGUGACCACCAGCUUCAUCCUCCAGCAUUAUGAGCAGCUGUUCCCCAAGCCCAGCCCUCCCUCCAGGGCCACACUGUGUCAGGCUGCCCUGGGCCUGCUGCUCAGAGAGAGGGCCAGCACUCGAACCUUCAGAGACCAGUCCAACGAUCCCUUCUCUCCUUUUGCCUCCAGUAACGGCAGGAGGGUGAACAUCCUAUAUAGUAGGAAUAUGACGCUCCAGCUGGGUGAAACUAAAGUGGAAUUAACAGUUACAUACAAUCCAGAUGGGACCUACUCUAUGGAGAUUGGAGGGAAAGUGUUCCAGGUGUCAGGGGAGGUGGAGACAGAGGGACAGACAUCAUUCCUGCACUGCUCUUUGAACGGGGUGAAGUCCCGGCCCAAACUGGUCAUCCUGGAUAACACAGUACACCUAUUCUCUAUGGAGGGUAGUGCGGAGGUGAGCAUUCCAGUGCCCAAGUUCCUGGCUGGUGUGAGCACAGGUGCACAGGGAGGAGCUGUGGCUCCCAUGACCGGGACCAUUGAGAAGGUGCUGGUGAAGGCAGGAGACACAGUGGAGAUGGGAGACUCCUUGAUGGUGAUGAAUGCCAUGAAAAUGGAGCACACCAUCCGAGCACCCAAAGCUGGAGUCAUCAAGAAGGUGUUUUUCAAGGAGGGCUCCCAGGCCAACCGACACGCAGCCCUGGUAGAGUUUGAGGAGGAAUAAUCUCAAUCUAAUCCUCAUGUGUGAAUAUCUAUUUGUGAACUUUGAGACUGUAAGAGUUACUGUAGAAAUCAAAUGAAAAAGGCAUUUUAAAAUUCAACCAGAAGGGUUGAUGCAUUUUCUAUAGGAGUAGCAAACUGCUGUACAAUCCUAAGGGAACACACUACAGGUCUAUGUGGAUCACACUGUACAGUUGCCAGAAAAUUGCCUGCAUGUUUUGUGGCAGAAAUGUGUAGAUAUUCAACAAUACUGGUAUAUUUGCUUAGGUUUUUUUUCUAAUCCAAAUUUUCUGAUGGCUGUGUAGAAGUCUGGCUUUUGUACUAUUCUCUGCAAAGUGCUCUUGCAGUUUUUCUCUUUGCAGACUGCCAUCAUUGAAGUCAUUUGUGGUGUUGUCAAAAUGAAGGGUGAUGUAAAAAAAAAAAAACAGUUAUUGGUUCUUCUCUAACCAAUCAGAAUUUUCUAAAUGUCACUUUACCAUCAGUGUUACGCACGCCUCUGAGAAGAGGGAACGCAACUCCCUGCUACAACUCAACUCUCUGAAGUGCAAGAGGAAUGGAUUGUAGGUGCGAGUAAGGAUGACACAAAAGCAGAAUUUACCGUUUACUAGAAUUUAUUUUCUUACACGGUAAUAUGGGGAAAAGGGGCUGGACGGAACCAAAGCAAAGAAAGUAAAUAUCAAAGUUCCCCCUCUCCUAACCUGCCUACCCACUUAACUUACCUAACUUAGCACCGUCUGGUGCCCUAACCAAAAUACAGGGGGUGGUCCGCCCAGGUCUUACCUAGUGUGCCUAGACAGUAAAUAUACUACGGGUAUAUGUAUGCCCGCGGGCCUCUUGCCUAAGCACUCCCAAAGUGCCUUCUCCUUCCCCCCUGGGAACAAACGAAACAGAGUAAUUAUUAACAAUUUCACAAACACUCAUAAACACAGGACAUAGCAAAACUGCUACCAACAACAACAGUACAUACCACACUUUCUGAUACACAACCAACACUAUAUCACAAUCUAAUUUCUCUCAAUCUCCAAAUCUCUACUCCAAAUCUCAUCUCCUCUCCCCCCUCUACUCUCUUGGGCAGAACACUGGCUUUUAUCUUCAGGUGGCAAUGGUGAUUAGAGUCAGCUGCUUCUUGACGAGGGGGCGGGGUCAGCUCCAAUCACCAAUUAGCCUGGGGUUGACCAAUCAGCUGGUUGGGGAGUACUUCCAGAAGCCAUCUCCUGAAACACACACUCAAAUACAAAACAGAACACAGAAACUGGGGAACGUAACAAUCAGUUUCUGGGACCAAUCAGACGGUCUAGAAUGGAUUUCCAUUCGGGGAGUUACUCAGAUCGACUCACUGUGGAGAAGAAACUAACGUCCAUGAGCAUGGCGUAGCAUUUGGGUAGCCAGGCAAUUUUCUUCUAGCUUCAGUUUUGUACAUGCUGCUACAUCUUCUAUAGCCUGGUCCCAGAUCUAAUUGUACUCAUUGUCAACUUGGCAUGAUAUCACAAACAGACUGGCACUCAGGCUACAUUUUAGUCUUGGAAAUCCCAGACAUAGGGCAACAUUGUGGGAGCCAACCAGUCUGUCUGGGAGACUAGCUACGUCUCAUGAUUCAAUCCAGGCUGUGAAAUUACAGUAAGGGCUAUUCACUGAUAACUGCCUACCUUUGUGGUUACUUUAGUCCAUAAAACUAAUACCAUGGAAGAGAUGGCCUAUCAUCAAACUCUUCACGUAUCGAUUGACCAUCAAAUAACCAAUUUGAGAGAAGGGUGGUGCUGAAAUCAGUCAGGUUAUAAAGUGUUGAAUCCCUCCAAGCACACACUCCUGACAAUUUAUUAUGAAUGUCUGCUGUCAUCCAUUCAAUAGUGAGCCUUAUUGAUGUGUUUAAUUUGUAAUUAGCAGAGUGUUGCUAAAUUACAAUUUUCUAAAAGAUAAUUUUGUAGCUGUAUAGAGGUAUAUUACUAUGCUAGUGCUAUCGAAGGUUCACAGUGUGUGUUUGUUUUGUUUUGUUGCAUCCACAUUCUGCUGGAAAGGACAAAAGUUACACAUGCUUUUUAAAAACAUAUUUAUUCCGUAAAUAGAAUUUGCUUUAAACAUCAACCAUUUCACUGACAGGAGUACAAUAACAUACCUUUUUUUCAAUGAUCAAGAGAAAAACAGCUUCACAUCAAUGUCCUUGUAGAGAUGCCUUCAUAAAUUGAUUGAAAUGUGACAUCUGAACUAGAUGCAUUUAUAUAUCAAAACUGAGUAACAACUGUAGCAAACAAGUACAAUCAAAGUAUACUUCAUCAGAUAUGACCAAUGCUGACCAUGAUCAAUAGUAGUACCAGAUAUAAUUACGAAUAUUGAUACCAUGCAAAUAAAUAUCAAGCUCCACUGACUUCUUGGACAAGUGUCUCCCAUUUCAAGCUACUGAGAGGUAUGUAACGGCUAAAAAUAGUAACCAUAUAAAAUCCCAUGAUUAUGUAUCUCGGCAAUAUUCUAAUAAAUAUGUAUGCUGAUGUGCAUAA